CUGCCCCCCUGCCUGCCCCGAGGCUGGGGUGAUGGGCUGCCAGGGGCCCUGCCUGGAGGGGUGUCAGUGUGAUCCAGGCUUUCUUCUCAGCGGAGGCAGCUGUGUCCCCCAGCGGGGCUGUGGCUGCAGCUACAGGGGCAGGUACUACCAGCCAGGCGAGGAGGUUUUUAGUCUGGGCUGUGGGUCGCGGUGUCGCUGCGAAGGGGGAAACCGGACUCAAUGUCAGGCCUGGCAGUGCCACCUCACAGAGACCUGUGGCCUCCACAAUGGCCAGUAUGGCUGCCACCCCACAGCCAGCGCCCCCUGCUAUGUCUCUGGGGACCCUCACUACCAAACCUUUGACAGACACCGGUUCGACUUCAUGGGCACCUGCACAUAUUGGAGACCCUACCCCCCACUGCUUCCCCUAGAAUCUCAGACCAGCGCCCCCUGCUAUGUCUCUGGGGACCCUCACUACCAAACCUUUGACAGACACCGGUUCGACUUCAUGGGCACCUGCACAUACACUCUGGCCCGGCCCUGCGGGAACUACACAGGGCCCUGGUUCAGCGUGGAGGGCAAGAAUGAGGCCCGGGGACGCCGGGGCAUCUCCUACCUGCGCAAGGUCUACAUCAGCCUGCCGGGAACCAGCCUCACCCUGCUCAAGGGGAAGCGCGUCCUGGUCAAUGGGACACGUGUGACGCUGCCGGCCAAGCCCACUCGGGACACAUCCGUGGCCCACAGCGGUCACUACGUUGCUGUGCAGACUUUGUUCGGGCUGGCUGUGCGCUGGGAUGGGAACCACUACCUGGAAAUCCAAGCCCCCAGCUCCUAUUCUGGGCUGCUCUGUGGUCUUUGCGGGAACUAUGAUGGAAACUCCAACAACGACAACCUGAAGCCAGAUGGGCAGCCAGCCACGGAUGGGGAUGUGCUGGGGAACAGUUGGCAAACCCCUGACGACGAGGACCCUGAGUGCCAACCCCACAGCUCAGACAAGCCAGUCUGCACCCCAGACAGCGAAAUGAAGGCCAGCUGUGAAAAGCUUCAAGACCCCCAGGGGGCAUUUAGGGACUGCCACAAACACAUCUCCCCCACUCCCUAUUUUGAGAAUUGCCUGUUUGACAUGUGUCAGUACCAGGGGCUGCAGGAGUCCCUCUGUGCCCAGCUCCAGGCCUACACGGCUGCCUGCCAGGCCAUGGGUGCCACUGUGUUCCCCUGGAGGGGCCCUGAACUUUGCCCUCUGGAGUGCCCAGCCAACAGCUCCUAUGCCCUGUGUGCCCAGCUGUGCCCAGAGACUUGCAGCGUGGCUUUCGUGCCCAUCGAGUGCCCGGCCCAGCGCUGUGUGGAGGGCUGCGACUGCCUUCCGGGCUUCGUGCUGAGUGGGCAGAAGUGUGUGCCGGCCAGCCAGUGCGGGUGCACGGUGCCCAAUGGCGGGUACCACCCGCUUGGCGACGUCUGGCUCAAUGCAGACUGCAGCGAGAAAUGCACCUGCCAGGGCCAGGAUGCCAUCCACUGCCAGGCUGUCGACUGCCAGCCACAGGAGAGCUGCCAGCUGCAGGACGGAGAGUAUGGCUGCCACCCAACUGGCUGGGGGAGCUGUGUGGUGGCAGGGGACCCUCACUACACCACCUUCGAUGGGCGACUCCUGCACUUCAUGGGCACUUGCAGCUACAUCCUGAGCCGAGUGUGUGAUGGGAGGUCUGGGCUCCCCAAUUUCACCGUGGAGGCUGCUAAUGAGCACCGGGGGGCCAGCGCCCAGGUUUCCUACGUUCGUGCUGUGGCUGUGGAGGUGUACGGCCACCGGGUGGCACUGCUAAAGGGACGCAGAGUGACGGUGGACGGACAACGGGUGACUCUUCCGGUGGCCCUGGCGCAGGGCCAGCUCAGGGUACAAGUGAGUGGCGCUUAUGCCCUGCUGCAGACAGACUUCGGGCUGCGAGUUCGCUAUGAUGGGACACAGCGAGUCGAGGUGCAGGUGCCCUCAUCCUAUGCUGGGCAGCUCUGUGGGCUCUGUGGCAACUACAAUGGACAGAAUUCCGACGACAACCUCAUGCCUAAUGGCACCUCAGCCAGCAACGUCGACCGCCUGGGGGAGAGCUGGAUGGUGCCGGAUGCCAGCAGCCCUGGCUGCACCAACAUUGGGGACCCGGGUGAAUGUGACCCAGAGAUCAGCAAGGAAGCUCAGAAACCAACCAGCUGUGGAGCCCUGACUGACCCACAGGGCCCCUUUGCUCCCUGCCAUGGAGCUGUGCCCCCUGCGGACUCCUUCAGGACCUGCCACUAUGAUCUGUGUGGCACGAGGGGCGAAACAACCACGCUCUGCUAUGCCCUGCAGUCCUAUGCUGAUGGCUGUGCCCAGGCCGGGAUCCCCAUUGCAUGGAGGAACAGUACCUUGUGCCCCUUGAACUGCCCCCCAGGCAGCACCUACACCCCCUGUGCCAGCCCCUGCCCAUCCAGCUGCACAGAUCUAGGGGCCCCCAACAGCUGCCUCUCCCUGCCCUGCGUGGAAGCCUGUGCCUGCAAUGAAGGAUACAUUCUCAGUGGGGACAUGUGCGUCCCCCUGAGCCAAUGUGGAUGCACUGCCAGUGAUGGGCGAUACCACCUGGUGGGUGAGAGCUGGAUGGCAAAUGACCACUGCACCGAGCGCUGCACCUGCAUGAGCUCCAACAACAUCAGCUGUGAGCCAUGGAGCUGCAGCCCUGUGCAGCAGUGUCAGCCGGAGGACGGCCUGCUGGGCUGUCAGGACACAGGUGUGGCUUCCUGCCAUGUGGCUGGGGACCCGCACUACUUCACCUUUGACGGGGCCAUGGUGACAUUCCAGGGCACCUGCACCUAUACUCUGGUGAGCCUGUGCAGCAGGGACGGGCGCUUGCAGCCCUUCAACAUCACUGGGAAGAACGAGGAGCGGGGCCAGUCUAAGGCCUCCUACCUGCGCCUGGUGCAUGUGGAGCUUGGUGGCACACGCUUCACUCUCAUGAAGAACCGGCGGGUGCUGGUGGAUGGGGAGCGGGUGAGCACCCCAGUGCUUGGCUGGGUUCCCGGUGUCUCCAUCAGCACGAGUGGCAUCUACACGGAGCUGCGCAGCCAGGCCGGGCUGCUCGUCCGCUUUGAUGGCAAUCAGCACCUGGAGAUCCAGCUCUCCGGCGCCUACUUUAGCCAGGUGUGUGGUAUGUGCGGGAACUACAACAAUCAGAGCCAGGAUGACCUUGCCCUGCCCAGUGGGCACCCAGCCGCCAACGCCACUGACUUCGGCAACAGCUGGCAGGCGCCUGGCGACCCAGACCCGGGCUGCCAGCCAGACAACCGGGAGGACCUGGAGCCUCACUGCAGCCCACUGGAGAAGGAGCGCUUCAGUGCCCUGUGCCGAGAGAUCCUGGCCCCCAAAUACCAGGCCUGCCAUGGGGUUCUGCCCCCCCAGCCCUUCAUCCAGAGUUGCCUCUUCGACAUGUGCGAGUACCAGGGCAUGGUCUCCACCCUCUGUGACAACAUCCAGGUGUACGCCGAGGCCUGCAAGAGCCAGGGCAUGGCUGGCCUCUCCUGGAGGAACAGCACCUUCUGCCCCCUGCCAUGUCCCCCGCACAGCCACUACACUGAGUGCGCCUUGCCCUGUCCGGCCACCUGCACCAAUCUUUACUCUGCGGCCAGCUGCCCAAACCCUGCGGCCUGCGUGGAGGGCUGCGCCUGCAACCGUGGCUAUGUGCUGAGCGAUGAGACCUGUGUCGACAUGGGAGCGUGCGGUUGCCUGGAUGACCAGCAGGGUUACCAUAGCAUGGGGGACACAUGGUUGAGCAGUGACUGCAGCCAGCGCUGUACCUGCCUGGUGAAUGGCAGCACCUCCUGCCAGCUGUUCCAGUGCCAGAUGGGGUCCCACUGCGCCCUCAGCAGUGCUGGGAACCGCUACUGCAAACCCACCAAGUAUUACCAGUGCACCAUCUCCGGCGACCCCCACUACCGCACCUUCGACGGCUACGUCUACCACUUCCAGGGCCGGGCCACCUACACCCUGACCACCACCCUGGCCACGCUGCCCGGAGCCCUGCCCUCGCUGAGCAUCAUGGGCCGGAACCGGCGCCGGGUGGCUUGGCACCGUGUGUCCUUCUUGCGGGAGGUCUAUGUCUCAGUGUAUGGCUACAAGGUCACCAUGAUGGAGGGCCGCAAACUGGUGGUUGAUGGGCUGCAUGUGACCCCCCCGUUCCAACCCUUGGAAGGGCUCAUUGUAACUCAGAAGGGACGCAGCCUUUUUCUGCAGACAGACUUUGGCCUCUCAGUCUCUUUUAAUGGCAGGGACCACUCAGAAAUUGUGCUUCCAACCACCUACCAGAGCUAUGUGGGGGGCCUGUGUGGGAAUUUUGAUGGGCGCCGGGACAAUGAAUACACCAAGCCAGAUGGCACCAGGACCCGCAGACCCACUGAAUUCGGAGAGAGCUGGGCCGUCAGGAGCCCCUGGAGUAGGGAACUCAGUCACAUAGAGCCCCCCCGGACCAGGCGACAGGCACCAGAGACGGCGGUGGAGUCGGGAUUUGAGGUGAUGUGCAGCGCAGAUCAGUUGGUGCAGGUGAACGGGACGGGGCUUUGCGGGACCCUGGCUGAUCCCCAGGGACCCUUCCAGGCCUGCCAUGGACAUCUGGACCCCAGCACUUUCCAGGAAAACUGCGUGUACGACGUCUGCGCUGUGCCCAGCAGCACGGAGCUGCUCUGCCAGAGCCUCAGUGACUACGCCCAGCAGUGCCAGGCCCUGGGGCUGCUUCUGCCCAGCUGGAGACAGCACACAGGCUGUGCCAUGGCCUGCCCAGCCCAUACCACCUACCAGCCCUGCAUGACGGCCUGUCCUGCCAGCUGUGCCCACCUGGCUGCACCCUCAACCUGCGAUGCUCUCUGUGUGGAGGGCUGUGCCAGCGACCCCGGUUAUGUGCUUAGCAAUCUGGACAGCGUCCCCUACAACCAGUGCGGAUGCAGCCAUGAUGGCCAGUACUACCCGGUGUGCCAGAUGCUUGGGUCCCUGCCCAGAUACCUGGGUUCUCUGCUUUGAUCUGGGAGGAGAGUGGGGGCUGGUGGUUAGAGCAGGGGGCGGGGGCCAUGACUCUGGGUUCUGUCUCUGGUACUGGGAGGGAAGUAGGAGUGGGAGUGCAGGAGCGGGGGUGGUUUGUGAGCCAGGACGCCUGGGUUCUAUGCAGUUGCUGACUCUCUCCUACCCCA